ACUCACCAAUGUACUCUGAGAAUGACUUCGGUUCAGGUUGUCAAAAAUAUCUGUCACCAUUACCAACAUCAGUCCCUCUCAGGACUACCCUCAGCUUGACGGUAAGACUGCUCGAUCAAAUGUUACGCCUGGGUCCACACCAUUAGCUGUGGGACUUUAUUCUACUAUCGCGAGACUUGCAUAGAACAUGCAUUUGCUUGAAGACGUCAGAUUUCGUGAUAUGUGGUGUCGUAGUUAGCGCCGUUUUCAAACUUUUGUCACACUCUCGCACAAAUGUGAUGCAGAGGGUGGUGCAUGUGACAAGUUUAGGCUUUCAGUAGUUUAAAUUUUUCUUAGAAUACUCGUCUGUAUGUGUGCAAGGACUUAUGACCUAUCGUAACUGUGUUCUUCAGUGGUAGCUUAAGCUGUGAUGCUUUCCAAAGCCUGAUCUACACUAGCAAAAAGGUUAUGUGACUUUUGAAACUGCAAAUAUUUGAUUUACCUUACCUAUAUUUAUUCUAAAGUAAUUUACAGAGAUUAUCGCGAGACUCCCUACGUCAUUUUCAUGAAGACUCAAUUUAUACAACUGGUAUUUAUUGGACUCUUCUUUCGGAUAUCCAUGACUGGUUCGUCUGUGGCACCAACGGUUGAAGAGUACUUGAUAUUACUCUUCUUUUCUGGAUUUGUUCUUAGUGAGAUUCAACAGUAUCGAAGUUCGGCCUCGAAGGUUUAUUUCAGAGACAUGUGGAACUUCUUGGAUGUAAUGAUAAUGCUCAUUUACGCCUUCGUCGUUCUCAGUCGAAUAGCAACUAUUAUCAUUGGUGGUGAUGCCCAUAACAAUCGCUUGUUGGAACUCGCUAAUUAUGGUUAUGGAAUGGACGCCAUGCUUCUUAUUCUACGAUUUUCCAGCAUCCUGGAGCUAAGUUCAGUUAUCGGUCCCUUACAAUUAGCGCUGUUUCGAAUGUGUCUUGACUUAGUAGUCAUACUUGUACAGUUUGGUUUUGUCAUUGUUGCAUUCUCAUUGGCCAUCACUAAGUGUUACACAGCUGAAACAUCCUUCCUGACGCCCUUGAACGGAUCAAAUAUUGCAGAGUACUGCAUUGAAGGCAAUUUGAAUUGCUUCUUGAAGUCUGCAAGACAGCUAGUCUGGUCUGUAUUUGGAAUGAUCCAUUUCGAGGAGAUGGAAUCCCUGACUAGUUUGACGUCAGACAUCGUUGUUGCCCUUUACUUAGUUUUCUUGGUUUUGUCAGUUAUUAUGUUGGUUAAUAUUUUGGUAGCCUUGUUGACAACCACAUAUGACAAAUACAAGACUAACUCAGAAAUUGAGUGGAAAUUCUCCCGCGCAGUUAUUGAGGAACAGUACAGACGCAUGCACGUAGUUGUAGUCCCGUUCAACAUAUUUUCUGAGCCGUUGAAGGCCUUAUAUUUGGCAAAAUAUUCGGAUCUUCGAGACGAGGUAAAGGAGGAACGGAAGAAGAAAUACGAGGAGUUCUUCCAAGAUUUUUUUUCCCUAAAUUAACGGAGCGCUACAGGAUAAAAUAUAAAGGAUUAUUUCCAAAAACAGUCCACAGAAAACUAGAUACACUGGGAGAAAACAUUGAGGCCAUGAAGAUGGAAAUGGAGAAGAAAGAUCUGAGAAUGAUCGACCUGGAAGGAAAACUUGAAGUUGUGCUGGCAAAACUCCAAUGGAUGUCAAAAGGAGAUCCGAAGGAGAACGAAGGAGGAUCGAACAAAGAGAUAUCAAUGGUCGCAGACGACGAAGAAGCAAAGACAUCAUUAGUUAGCAGGAAACUGAGUAACUCAACGGUAGAAGUACAAAUACAUGCACCACAAGAAGAGGAGGCACAGAAAGAAACAAAGGAUCAAACCGUCGCAACCCCUCAAAUGCAAAACUCCACAGACGACGAUGUGUGAUUCAAUCGAUAUUUCUCAUGACUUAGUUACAUGCAAUAUAUGUUCCUUUGAGUCAAGUAAAUUUGAAUUAAUUUGCAAAACGUGUUUGUGAGUAAACUUGAUAUUAAAAAAUAACUGGAAUAUUAUUGGAAAUUGUCUGGCCUUAGGAGAAAUCUCGCAUCGUGAUUGCAUCGGCCUAACUAAAAUUUUCAUUUUUAAAAGCUGUGACGGUCCCACAAAUUAGUACAGAAAUUAGUCCAUUUAUCCUAGGACUCCUUCGGUCAUUGUGCCUCUGAAUUUUGGAGUUUUCGAAGGUUCGGGAUUUUUCUUAUUUUGUUACAAGCAAGUGAGAGUUAAUGGUGUAUUUAAUCGCCCUCGCUCAGCAGAUCGUUAGACCGCAUGAGACCUACAUUAUUGAUGAUGACUGAUAUUGCCUUGCUGCUUUGAUUUUAAUUGAAAUGGGAAAGAAAGUGCAUUUUGAUUAGUGUAAUUACAUACAAACAGUGCUUUUUUACAGAUAGUUUUAAAUCGAGAUAGUGAAUCGGGCGUAGAAUAUCGAUAGACCAAAACAUUUUGAAUUCGUGAACGGUAAACUAGGCUCCCUCACGAUUGCAUUUCAGCUUUUUAUCUCUAAUAGAAAAAGACAUAUACGCUUCAGUGGAUCUGUCCGCGGCGUCCAAAUUUUAAGUUUUUAUACAUUAUUUCUUAAGAGUACCUGAACAUUGGUUGUUAAA